AUGGCGCUUUGCCCAGCGACUGCUGAGACGUUCGAGAAGCUCCUGCAAUACAGCAAAGAAGAUCACGAUAUCGAAAAAUGCCCCUGUCACAUCUGUAAGAACAUCGCCGCCGACCGCGCACGCACCGGCCCCCUUGCAGAGGCGGAGGAGGAGGAGACCUUCAAAAGAACGGAAAACGACAUUGAAAGCAUCAAACGCCUCAAUCGGGAACUAUACCGAGCUGCUCACCCUCCUAUUUUCGGCUCACCUUUCAACUCAUCCGAGGAGUCGGCCAACUCGUCCAACUCGGUCAACUCAUCCAACUCGUCCAAGUCGUCCAGCUCACCCAACUCAUCCCACUCACCCAACGCGGAAGAGGAAACGACAUCGCGCACCAUCAACGGCAUCGCAAUCCACAAGGACGACCGCCUCAACCUCGCGCAACUCAACAAAGUCGUCGGCGAACUCGAGCAGCACUCCGUGAACCACGCCUUCCCCCUCGCCAAGGAAAUCUACAACCGCUGGAAAGCCCUCGUCGACGCCCGCACCGACGCCUUCCUCUCCGGCUGGCUGCUCGUCGAUCUCGCGGACUACGGCGUCUACACCACCAAAGCCGAUCCCGUCAUCCCUGCUCUCCUGGAUCGGAAGCACAAGGUUGAUGCCGACGAUUUGGUCUUGACGCUUGAACAUGGCUGGAUGAAGGAGUUUGUUGGGGCGAGUCGGGCAGGGCUCGUUGAGGCAUCUGCAUCGUCGUCGGCGUCAUCGUCACGAACAAACAACCAUAGCGUUACCAGCAGACAGGAGAAGCGGCAGCGGAGUAACUCUUCGGCGUUGUCGUCUAGCACCGAUUCCGACUCGGCGGUAUCGAUCUCAUCAACCAUUAACACCUUGAACAUCAACGACACGAACACCAACGAUACAAACAUCAACGACACGAACACCAACCACACGAACACUACGCAAGCGAAAAAGAAACCCCUAACCUGCGCCUGCCACCCCCUCGCCACCCUCAUCCGCAAAGAAAUAGUCAAAGCCCUCACGCCGCUUAACAACGAAACACUAACCGUCUGGGCCCUGCAAAAGAUCAUCGACGACGCGUUCGCCAAGUCCGAGCUGUUCUGGACGCUGCAUCGUUCGGAUCGACAGGGCGUGUACCCGCAUGGCUUCUUCAUCUACCAGUCACGGUUGAGGGAGGUGGUGUUGAGACGGUUUGCGGGGAUACCGCCGCUUUUGAGAGGGGAGGAGAAUGGGAGGGCUGGGGUUGGACAGAGACGGGGUGGCGGGGGGAGGAAUGGACAUGUGAGGGUGAAUGGGCAUCGGAGGGGUGUUGGGAGGGGGAGGAGAGUGGCGUGA